AUGUUCAGUCUCGAAAAGUGUUUAGUCACGGUGAAUCUUAGCUUCAACUUCGGUCGCACUCCGCUGGCGAAUUGUUCAACGCGUGAUAAUGACGAGCACCGUGAGGCUGAAGCCGUGGCCGACGCAUCGCAUCCUCGGCAGGGAGGCGGAAAACCUUCACGCUUCACUAUCGGCCCGUCCGGCGGAGAACGCGGCUACGCAGCCAUAACAGGUCGUCAGCCCUGGGGCAUCGCCUUCUACGUCAAUGGCAUCCUCAUUCCCGAACUGGUGCUAAAACGCGGAGAGACGUACAACUUCAUCGUCGAGACCGGCGACGACGUUGAAAAUCCCGCCGAGUAUCACCCGAUCUACCUGUCGACCGAUCCCGGCGGUGGCUACGCGCAGAAGAAUGCGACGGAGCGCGCGAAAAUAAACGUCAUUUACGGAAUCGAAAAUGGAGAGCCGGUGAAAUCCGCAACGGGAACUCUCUGUGAGUGGAAGGCGAGCAGUGAGCGAGGGCCGGACCUGUACGACACGUUCGAGGCGUACAAGUCCGCCAGCCUGCAGCAGGCGUGUACGCAGCCGAAACGCAGCGGCCUCUUCAAGUUCGCCCCGACCAAUGACACACCGAACACGAUCUACUAUCAGUGCUACCAACACAGGUUCCUCGGAUGGAAGAUCAGAGUCGUCAACGACUGGGACGAGGUCGACGGAGGUGCCGGCGUCGCCUUUCAAAUGUCGGCAGCCUUGACCUUGUGCAUCGCUGCAGUGACGCUGUCGCUGGUAUCGUCAUCGUCAUCAUGAGGUAGAUCAUCAUCCGAGCGAUAAUUCCCUUCAAAACCUGCCUUCGUAGCAAAUCAGUAAAACGUAACCCACCAAUUUGGGGGGGGGGGGGAGGGAGGGGUGAUUUAACCACUAAUCUUUUCAUGUGCAGUGUUAUAUAUUGUAAUGUAGAAUAUUUUCAUGUGAAGUGUUAUAUUGUAAUGUCGAAUAAUUAUUUUCGCGCUAAAUGAGUCAACGUGUUUAGAACUCUAGCUGCUAUAAGCGGCACCGCGUCACCUGAUGCCUUGAUGACUUGCAUGCUUUAACCGCAAAUGUGUCGCUAACGGUUGACAUUUAGUCGUCGAUAUUUUUGGCUAUGGUAAUUAGAGACAUUUAAUUAUGGUAAUGAAGCCGACCAAAGAACAAUCGUGACGUAAGAACGCGACGUGAGGUGUUGCAGAGCGGCAACACGCACA